UUUCAUAACAAUUUAGAUAAUUAUUCGAAGUGGUAAUUCAGCACAACACGACCACAAAUAAUGAUUCAGUCCACCACUAAUAGUAGAAGUACGACAAUGCACUCAAUAGCAUCUUUAAGCAAGUGGAUCUUUUUGAUUUCACUGUUCCUAUGCGUCUCAUCGCAAGAAAAAACGGUCUACGAGUAUUUCGCCGAUACAUCUGUACCGACCGGAUUGGUUGCGGAAAAUAAACAAUUCACCCUCAAUGGCAAAUACAUUCGGAUAGUAAGUGGUGCCAUCCAUUACUUCCGAGUUCAUCCCGAACAAUGGAGGGAUCGACUUAGAAAGUUACGAGCCAUGGGUGCAAAUACUGUGGAAACCUAUGUUUCGUGGAAUCUGCACGAGCCCCGAAUGGGAGAGUUUGAUUUUGGACAGGGAGGAAAUGACUUUUCGGAUUUUAUGAAUAUACGAAGAUUUGUUCAAAUUGCCAAAGAAGAAGAUCUGUUGGUAAUUCUACGACCGGGUCCAUACAUUUGUGCCGAAUGGGAGUAUGGCGGUUUCCCGAGUUGGCUUUCAAGGGAUCCGAAUAUGAGAGUUCGCACAAACUACGGACCAUUCCUGCAACGUGUGAAAUUGUAUCUCGAUGCACUACUCAGUCAACUCGUUGAUCUACAAUUCACACGUGGAGGAUCUAUCAUAGCUGCCCAAAUUGAAAACGAGUACAACUCAUUCCUUCCAAAAAGUACAGAAUAUCUGGAGUUUAUUCGGCAAGCCUUUAUCGACAAUGGCCUUGACUGUUUGUAUUUUACAUCGGACAACUGUUUUAAUUCUGGUUGCAAUGGAGGUACUCUACCAGGAUUGCUACAGACGGCAAACUUUAAAGAAAAUGCGGAUUCAAUUUUAACUGAUUUGCUGAGCGUGCAGCCAGACAAACCUGUCAUGGCAAUGGAGUACUGGACGGGAUGGUUUACUACUUGGUUAGAGGAAGAGCAAGGAACAAACCCUUCUAAGCAAUUCCACGACAACCUCGAGAUUCUCUUCGACAAAUACAAUGGCUCCGUGAACUUUUAUGUUUUCCACGGUGGUGUUAACUAUGGUUUCACAGCUGGUGGUGGUACAGACUGGAGUGGCGAAUAUCCUGUAGCAAAAGCUGACAUUACGAGCUACGAUUAUGACGCUACACUUAGUGAGGCGGGUGAUUACACAAAGAAGUACGACUUGGCCGCGACCUUAAUUGAAAAGUAUGAAAAUCCAAAACUACGUCGACCAAACCGGCCUUCCGAGAGCACAAAAAUUGCGUAUCCCACUCUAACUCCACAGAGGUAUUUGACGUACAAUGACAUCGUUCAAAGAGUACCAGCAAGUAGUAGAGCCCAGCUCACGAAUGCAGUAUCAAUGGAAGAAUUGCCCAUCAAUAACAAUAGCGGUCAGAACUUUGGAUAUAUCAUUUACAGGAAGGUGGCCAAUGUCAGCAACGGUGACAUUUACAAAGGAUCAAAACCACAAGAUGUCGCCCAACUAUUGAUUGACGACACCCUUGUUGAUACAGGCUUUACAAGCGCCCAGCCUGUUUACUGGUGGAACAAUGACCGAGAGAUUUCUUUGGAUGUUGGUGCGAAUGGCGAGCAUACGCUUGACCUGAUGAUCGAAAUAAUAGCUCGAUCUAAUUGGUUCCGAGAAGACGACAUUCAUCACCAGAAAGGGCUAUCAGCAGUGAAAGGCUCUAAGAUCGAACUUAAUGGAGAGGAGGUAACAGAUAUUGAACACAUUGCUUUAGAAUUCACUGGGGAUUGGGUACGAGGACUACAAGGUUGGAGAAAUGUAGUUAGCAUGGACAGCUUGAAAGCACCGUGCUUGGUUCAAUCCACUCUAACUAUAACUGGUAGCCCUGCCGAUACAUUCAUCGACAUGAGAACAUGGCAUAAGGGAGUAGUAUUCGUGAAUGGCUUCAACAUUGGACGAUACUGGAAAGUUGGUCCACAACAGACACUUUACAUUCCAGCACCGCUACUGCGUACCGGGGAAAAUCAGAUAACAAUUUUCGAGCAGUACGAAGUUGGAACGCAAAUGACAUUCUCUGAUGCUCCAGACCUAGGCCCAAUAGCUAAAGACGACGACGAUGACGAUGACGACGACGACGACGAGCCCAAUUCUAGUCCAUCCUUGGUCUCAUUUGGAUCGUUUAUCAAGCUGUGGAGCGUUGCUUUCAUUUUGUAUAUUUGUUUUGUCAACACUAAUUAGUUCACUGUCCGUUUUACAGUAUUUAAAUAAUUAAAUGAUAUAAUAAAAGCGAUUAGACCGUUU